CUGUGGUCAUUGACCUAGCACCUGCUUUCCUUGUCCUGGUCUGAGAUAAGAUCUGUCCUACAAACCAACAAUGUUCAGUCCAGGCAGGCGUGCCCACCACCCUUCCAAAAGACAGGUGUGACCCCCCCCCCCUCCCCUCCCAGGGCUGGGUGAGAGCAUUUGUGUGGCCCAUGGUGCAAGUCAAACCCUCCGAGAUGCUCUCCAGAAACAACACAACACCAUGAACCUUCUCAGGAAACUGAUGGUGUAGUGUUACAAUCUCUGUCUUUCAUCUGGGGUUAACUAUCAGGGUUAUUUAACCCAUUGCAGUAUCAGCUGAGUGAGAAGGUGAUGUAGGUCUGGUUGUUGACUCAUCUACUGCACUGUGUUCAUGGAACACGUGGUCCUUAUUACUGACUCUCUUUUUCUUGAAUACACCCUGGAACCCUUGUUAGUUGUUUCCCUGUUCUUUGAAUGUUAUCAAUCCCUGCAACCUCAUUUCAUUCUCUUCUCAUCUAUCUAUUCAUUGUACAUGUCUCUCUUCCAUUUAUUCUCUCUCUUGCUUCUCAUCCGCAUGGUUGACUGCUACAAACAGCUGACUUAUACUGUAUGCCUGCAGGGUUUGAUAUUGGAAAUAUUGGAAAAUGUAUCAUCCGAUACUUAAAAAUCAUACACAUGUAGAUGGGUGAAUGUUUCAAGUGUCAUGUGUUAUCUUGAAGAGUGCAAGUAGAACAAACUAAAAGUUUGAUAGGGUAACACGUUGUUGCACACACGCACACCCACAUUCCCUAACAGUCAAUGAUGGGAAUGAGUUCAGUGUUGUGUAUCCCAGUAAUAAACAGAAACAGCUAUCAGUCUUCUGAUCAGAGAGGAGUCCCCUGCUGUACCUGAUCCCUCUUGUCCCUCACACACACAAUGACCAUGUGCUGCCUCUGCCCCCAGACACGCAGGGAUCCAUGCACCGCGCUCACACAAUAGCUGUCCCACAUACGCGGGGACAAAGCCGAGCGUGGGGCACAGUCUUCCAGGAGGAGACACAGGAGGAGGUGGGGUCUGGCCAGGGUUUAUAUCCUCAGCCUCUCUCCCUCCUUCAGUCUAUCACUCCAUCCGUCCUGCUGUCUGAGAUCUUCUGCCUGCGUUCUCCCAGAGUCAACAUGAAAGUUGUGGUUUUUCUGUGUGUGUUGGCGGUUGCCUUGGCCCAGGAAAGUAAAUACAACUGGAAUGGCCCCUCAGAUCCCAACCCAGUGGACCCAAACACAGAGAACGUGUGCCUGACGGACCAGUCAUCCUGUGGCUGCUGUCUGAUGCAGAAACAGAUGACCAGGAUGGAGCAGUUCUUCAACAUGUCCCUGAACGAGCUGGAGAAGGGCCUGGUCAAAACUCAGAACGUCCUCAACAACAUCCGCGCAAGCCGCAGUGCCUUUUCCGUGGCUCUCACCGACACCAACCAGUGUGUGGGUCCCAACCCUAACGCCGUGCCUCUCAUCUACACCCACAUUUUCAUCAACCUGGGCAACGGCUACAACGUCAACACCGGCGUGUUCACCGUGCCUCGCUCCGGCGUCUACAGCCUGGCCCUCACUGCCUACAGCGACGCAGGAGCUGCCGGCGCCAGCCUGGCCGACUGCGUGAGCCUGAGGGUGAACAGGCAGCAGGUGGCGGCGCUCAGCGAGACCAACAUGCAGGACCAGGAGGACAGCGCCACGGUGGUGCUCGCCGUCCAGCUGAGCGCGGGAGACACCGUGUCCGUCACACUGCCCGCCGGCUGCUACCUGUGUGACAACCAGAACCACUACAACACCUUCACCGGCUUCCUGCUCUACGCCACCGACUAAGAGGGCCGAGCACCCAGGGGACUUCCUGUACUACCGACAUCCAUCUUAGUCUCUUCUGUCCCCUGUGUGGAAGCUCUGCCCAGUUCAGCAUCUGCAGGAAGCUAGAGGGUCUAAGGAACAUCUGGAACUAGUUAUCAUCUGUAUUGCUUUUUUGUGACUGUGGUGGGGGAGUCCCAGCUAAAGUGAAUAUGAGAGCCUCCCCACUCCCCACUCCCAACCCCCCCCCCCCCCCCCCCCCCCCCCC